GAUGUCUGACAUGGAGGAUGAUUUCAUGUGCGAUGAUGAGGAAGACUACGACCUGGAAUACUCUGAAGACAGUAACUCAGAGCCCAACGUGGAUUUGGAAAAUCAGUACUAUAAUUCCAAAGCCCUGAAAGAAGAUGACCCAAAAGCAGCACUCAGCAGCUUCCAAAAGGUUUUGGAACUCGAAGGUGAGAAGGGAGAAUGGGGAUUCAAAGCGCUAAAACAGAUGAUCAAGAUUAACUUCAAGCUGACAAACUUUCCAGAAAUGAUGAACAGAUAUAAGCAACUAUUGACCUAUAUUCGGAGUGCAGUCACCAGGAACUACUCUGAAAAGUCUAUUAACUCUAUCCUUGACUAUAUCUCCACUUCUAAACAGAAUUCUGAUUUUUUAUGUCAGAUGGAUUUACUGCAGGAAUUUUAUGAAACAACACUGGAAGCUUUGAAAGAUGCUAAGAAUGAUAGACUGUGGUUUAAGACAAACACAAAGCUUGGAAAAUUAUAUUUAGAACGAGAAGAAUAUGGAAAGCUUCAAAAAAUUUUACGCCAGUUACAUCAGUCUUGUCAGACUGAUGAUGGAGAAGAUGACCUGAAAAAAGGUACCCAGUUAUUAGAAAUCUAUGCUUUGGAAAUUCAAAUGUACACGGCACAGAAGAACAACAAAAAGCUUAAAGCGCUCUAUGAGCAGUCACUUCAUAUCAAGUCUGCCAUCCCUCACCCACUGAUCAUGGGUGUCAUCAGAGAAUGUGGUGGUAAGAUGCACUUGAGAGAAGGUGAAUUUGAAAAGGCACACACUGAUUUUUUUGAAGCUUUCAAGAAUUAUGAUGAAUCAGGAAGCCCGAGACGAACCACUUGUUUAAAAUAUUUGGUCUUAGCAAAUAUGCUAAUGAAAUCAGGAAUAAAUCCAUUUGACUCGCAAGAGGCCAAGCCGUAUAAAAAUGAUCCAGAAAUUCUAGCAAUGACAAAUUUAGUAAGUGCCUAUCAGAACAAUGACAUCACCGAGUUUGAAAAGAUUCUGAAAACAAAUCACAGCAACAUCAUGGAUGAUCCUUUCAUAAGAGAACACAUUGAAGAGCUUUUACGAAACAUCAGAACACAAGUCCUCAUAAAGUUAAUUAAGCCUUACACAAGAAUACAUAUUCCUUUUAUUUCUAAGGAGCUAAACAUAGACGUAGCUGAUGUGGAAAGCUUGCUGGUGCAGUGCAUACUGGAUAACACUAUUCAUGGCCGAAUUGAUCAAGUCAACCAGCUCCUUGAACUGGAUCAUCAGAAGAGGGGUGGUGCCCGAUAUACUGCACUAGAUAAAUGGACCAACCAACUAAACUCUCUGAACCAGGCUGUGGUCAGUAAACUGGCUUAACGGAGAGCAAGCUUUGCAGACGUGCUUAUGGCAACAGUGCAGAGAUGCGAUCCUUGCGGACUGGAAAGGCAGAACUCCUGUGGGUUGGUGUGUCCUGAAAGUGACUGGAGUUAUGGCAGAAGGGCUUUUUUGAUCAACUGGUUUGUGUAUUGCUGCUGCAUUUAUCCCAAGAAAAACAGCUUUAAUCUCCAGAAGAAAACCAAAACACAAUGGGAUUUAUGCUGUGUUGACACCUUGCCCUAAACAUACAACACCAUAGUAAUUUGUCAUGGGCAACAUGACCAGAGAGAUUUUUGUCAUGAUUUUAAAUACACUGACACGCUACUGUUGGUUAAAUUUAAACAUGUUGUACCUGCAGAAAUUCUCUCACAAAUAACCUGCAAUAACUUGAAAUUCAUACCCUUUUGAACACUUCCUUUUCUCAUGUAUAAAUGAAAAUGUUUGCUGCAUUUUGCAAAAUGUCAAUUCUCCAAAACUGUGUCCGUCUACUUCUGUACUUGCAGCUAGUAAAGGUUAGAUGACCCGUACCCUCCGUGGCACACCGUCACCUAGGGCUCAAGCAGCAAAAUAAACAGUGCAGCUCAGAA